AACAAAAAUAAAUAAAUUUAUUGAAAAAGCAGAAAGAAAUUUGCUUCCAAGUCCAAAUCCAGAGAGAGAGAGAAAGAGGGGGGAUCUGGAUUUGGUAAAAAUCCCCUCCUCUGACCUCCGAAAUUUUCUGUCAGUGAAUUCUUGUUGGUUGAGUUUUGACUUUAAAAUUUCUUCGCAGCUAUUUUGUUAUAAAUGGAAACUCCGCCGCAGCAACCUCAGCUCGCAUACAACCCUCCUGCUUCUUCACCGGGAACACCCACACCUCGCCCUGAAAGGCGACCAAACCCUCCUCAGUUCUCCUCUCCUUUGACAUCGAGAUUUUCUCCCCAGAGACCCCCACAAGACCAAAAUCAAAUACCAGACUCCUCAGCAUCGGGCAAUGGAGUUCUCUUGGGUAGUCCGACCCCUCAAUUCAGUACUCCACCUCGCCCACCUGUCUUCUCUUCGCCCCUUCGGCCUUCACCUGUUCCUUUUCGGACGUCCCCUGCAACCCCCCAGCCAGUUCCAUUCUCACCGGGCUCCUCUUUGCCCGCAUCAUCUCCUCCCCUUUAUUCAAAUGGAUCUACAGACCUACCACUCCAUCAUUCAGGGGGUAUCGAUGAGUCGUCUUUUGAAUCUCCGUAUGUGCUCUUUUCUUCACACAAGGUAUUGAAACAUAAAAAACUAGCAAAUGUCUCGAGCUUGGGAUUUGGAGCAUUAGUCUCUCCUGGGAAAGAAAUAGCAUCCGGUACUCAAGUAGUACAGCGUGAUCCUCACCGAUGCCAAAACUGUGGAGCUUAUGUUAACCUUUAUUGUGAGAUUUUACUAGGUUCUGGACAAUGGCAGUGUGUGAUUUGCAAGAAAUUAAACAGUAGUGAUGGUGAAUAUAUUGCUCCCAGCAAGGAAGUCCUCUUUAACUGGCCUGAACUCUCAUGCUCAGCUAUUGAUUAUGUCCAGAUUGGGAAUAAAAGACCAGGAUUUAUGCCUGUUUCUGAUUCAAGAAUGUCAGCCCCAAUAUUUCUUGUCAUUGAUGAGUGCUUAGAUGAAGCUCAUCUCCAGCAUUUACAGGGUUCUUUGCAUGCUUUCGUUGAUUCUCUUCCCCCGACCACAAGAAUCGGGGUAAUUUCAUAUGGGCGGACUGUCUCAGUUUACGAUUUUUCAGAGGGUUCAAUGGCAUCUGCUGAUGUUCUUCCUGGCGAAAAAUCACCUGAUCAAGAAUCUUUGAAAGCCUUGAUCUACGGGACUGGUGUUUACUUAUCACCGGUUCAUGCUUCGCUUCCUGUAGCACACACUAUUUUUUCGUCUCUGCGGCCAUACAAACUUAACUUGCCAGAAGCAUCUAGAGAUCGAUGCCUUGGUGCUGCAGUGGAGGUAGCCUUAGCCAUAAUACAAGGACCCUCAGUUGAGAUGUCUCAUGGAAUUAUCAAAAGAUCCGGAGGCAAUUCCAGAAUCUUGGUUUGUGCCGGUGGUCCAAAUACUUAUGGCCCGGGAUUAGUUCCUCACUCAUUUAGUCAUCCUAAUUACCCGUACAUGGAGAAAACUGCUAUAAAGUGGAUGGAGCAUUUAGGUCAAGAGGCACAUCGGCAUGCCACUGUAGUUGAUAUUCUUUGUGCUGGAACUUGUCCAGUGAGAGUUCCUAUCUUAUUGCCGCUAGCAAAAAGUUCUGGUGGUGUGCUUGUUCUUCAUGAUGAUUUUGGGGAAGCUUUUGGUGUUAACUUGCAAAGGGCGUCGAUGAGAGCAGCAGGUUCUCAUGGUCUAUUUGAGAUACGUUGUUCUGAUGAUAUUCUUGUGACUCAAGUCAUUGGCCCAGGUGAAGAGGCACCUACAGAUGCUCAUGAAACGUUCAAGAAUGACUAUUCGUUUCCUAUUCAGAUGCAUAGUGUGGAAGAAACACAGAGCUUUGCCCUGUCCAUGGAAACAAAACGCGAUAUUAAGAACGACCAUGUUUAUUUCCAAUUUGCAGUUCAAUAUUCAGAUGUGUACCGGGCUGACAUAUCUAGAGUUAUCACCGUGAGGCUACCUACUGUAGACAGUGUUUCUGCAUAUCUUGGGAGCAUUCAAGAAGACGUCUCUUCUGUUCUUAUUGCUAAAAGGAGUCUACUUUAUGCCCAAAACCCUACUGAUGCAAUUGACAUGAGACUUACAGUAGAUGAGAGAGUCAAGGACAUUGCUUCUAAAUUUGGAUCUCAGAUGCCGAAGUCAAAGCUUUUCCGGUUCCCAAAGGAACUUUCUUUGCUGCCUGAGAACUUGUUUCAUCUUAGAAGGGGACCAUUGUUAGGAAAUAUAGUUGGCCAUGAAGAUGAAAGAUCUGUUUUAAGAAACUUGUUCUUGAAUGCAUCUUUCGACUUGUCUCUCCGAAUGCUGGCACCGCGAUGCUUAAUGCACCGUGAAGGAGGCACAUUUGAAGAGUUGCCAGCAUAUGAUCUUGCCAUGCAGUCUAAUACUGCUGUUGUGCUUGAUCAUGGGACAGAUGUUUUCAUUUGGUUGGGUGCUGAACUUGCAUCUCAAGAAGGCAAAAGUGCGGCAGCUUUAGCGGCUUGCAGAACCUUGGCAGAAGAACUCACUGAAAAUCGUUUUCCUGCUCCACGGAUCCUUUCUUUCAAAGAGGGGAGCUCACAAGCAAGAUAUUUUGUUUCUCGGCUAAUACCAGCUCAUAAAGAUCCUCCUUAUGAACAGGAGGCAAGAUUCCCUCAGCUACGUACGCUAACGCCUGAUCAGAGAGCGCGGCUAAAGGCCAGUUUCCUUCAUUUUGACGACUACAGCUUCUGCGAGUGGAUGCGUAGCCUGAAGCUUGUACCCCCAGAAUCGAGCUAGUAA